GGCAUGGCGGGCGCGGCGGCUCCGGGUGCGUCCCCUGGGCAGCGGGGCCCCGCGGGGCCCGAGACGGCGAGCCGCUGGCGCUGCCCGGAGCACAGCGAGCGCGAGGCCGAGCUCUUCUGCCGCCGCUGCCGCCGCUGCGUGUGCACGUUGUGCCCGGUGCUGGGCGCGCACCAGGGCCACCCGGUCGGCCUGGCCCGGGACGAGGCGGCGCACGUGCAGAAACUCGUCCAAGAGUGUUUAAAGCAGUUGGCAACCAAGAAGCAGCAGCAAGUUGGCAACAUACACCAGAUGGAAGAUACUGCUGUCAAGAUUAAGGCCCAGGCAGAGUCCAGUAAAGCCUGGCUGACGAAGAAAUUCGCCGAACUGAGAAUGCUCCUAGAAGAAGAGGAAGGGAUGGCCAAGACAUUAAUUGAUAAAAACACACAGCUUGCCUUCCAGGCAUAUAGGGACCAAAUCGAAUCUUGUGGGAAGCAAAUCGACACCAUAAAUGAUCUCUCCAGCAGGGUCUAUGGCAUCAGCCAGGAGUCCAGUCCGCUACAGCUGCUGCAGGACUACAUGGAGAUGGAGCAGAAGCUGAAACAGCAGAUGAGCCUAGGUGAGCCCUGCCCGCCCCAGCCGGUCUCCUUUGGGCCCAUCAAGAGCUUCUUUAAGGACCUGACGGAAGCCGUGGAGACUGUGUUACAGGUGCCGCUGGAAGUUCGCCUUAAGGAAAACAUGAAAGACCAGCCCUUGGACUUCACUGGCACCAAGCCGGUUUCCUUGUUGAAGACAAGACACUCACCAGACCGAUCGCUCUUAUUAAAGUACGCGCGCACGCCCACCCUGGACCCGGACACGAUGCACUCGCGCCUGCGCACUUCGGAGGAUCUGCUGCGGGUGCAGUGCAGGCUGCUGUGCCGCCUGGGCCCCGCGCCAGCGCUGCGCUUCAACGCGCUGUUGCAGGUGCUGAGCCGGGACUGCUUCGCCGCGGGCCGCCACUACUGGGAGGUGGACGUGCAGGAGGCGGGCGCCGGCUGGUGGGUGGGCGCGGCCUACCCCUCCAUGCAGCGCCACGGCUCCGCGGCCGCCGCCCGCCUGGGUUGCAACCGCCAGUCGUGGUGCCUCAAGCGCUUCGAGUUCGAGUACUGGGCCUUCCAUGACUGUCAGCGCAGCCGCCUGCAGCCCCGCUCGGACCCCGACCGGCUCGGCGUCUUCCUGGAUUACGAGGCCGGAGUCCUGGCCUUCUACGACGUGACGGACGGCAUGCGCCAUCUGCACACCUUCCGGGCCGCCUUCCAGGAGCCGCUGUACCCGGCCCUGCGCCUCUGGGAAGGGGCCAUCGCCAUCUGCAGGCUGCCCUAGUAGCCACCGCCCGCCCUGCUCUAACCCCUGCCCCACCCCACCCCACUGCUGUGCGUUCUCUUAAGCCGGUUUCAGACACCACCACCACCACCACCGGGGCCUUUGCACUGCAUUGCUUUUAGUCCAUGAGCAUCGUGACCACAUCCAGAUACUCCCCUCCACUUCAGAACCCGCUUCCCGGGCACUGCUUCUACGAUGCCCAUGGGUAUCCCUCCUGGCCCAUGGUAGACACGUAAUAGGUGAAUGAGAGAGAGGCACCCAGCCCAGACCCUAAUGUCUCUCGGGCCUGUUCUCCCUCUCCCUCUCUCUCACUCUCUCUCUUCCCCCCUCUCUCCCUCCAGGGUUAUCGCUGGGGCUUGGUGCCUGCACUACGAAUCCACUGCUCCUGCCGGCCACCUUUUUUCCCAUUUUUGUUGUUGCUGUUGUUGGAUAGGACAGAGAAGUUGAGAGAAGUGGGGAGAGAGAGAACGAUAGACACCUGCAGACCUGCUUCACCGCGGGUGAAGCGACCCUCCUGCAAGUGGGGAGCCUGGGGCUGGAACCGAAUGGCAUCCUUGCCCUUCACACUAUGUGGGUGUCACCGCUCAGGCCCCCCUGCUGCCUCCUCUCCAUUCGACUUGAGUUUAUCCAUGUCACCUUUCUGCAGGGAAGCUGCAAGGACCGUCAACAUGUCUUGGUCUGAACCCACUCCCAUUCUGUGCUUCAGGAUUUAUAUAGCCGGGGCGACCUCCCUAAAACCAAGCUGCCUAACCUCCUGGAAGUAUGGACAGGUUCCCAAGCACUGUGGAGAGAGGAGAAGCACUUGGCUUUCGCAUUCAAGUCUUUAGUCUGCCCCUCAACUCCCUAUCCCCACAUCUUGCUCUUUUCAAAGAAAUGAGAAAACUGUCAUUUAGUUCUACCUCUGCACCUUUGCCUUUGCCUCUACGCUCCUACCAGGCUCUGCCCCACACCGACAGGAAUGUGCUUUGCUGCUUUGCCCAUCUCGGGCUUCCCCAGGCGUAACUGCCUCAGGAAGUCUGCCCAGACCACAAGAAUCUGUCUUCUUAUGAGAGCUGCAGUUGGGAAGAUUUCCACAAAGUUCAGAAAGUCCCCUCCCUCCAGAGCAGUGAAUGCAUGGCCAGCGGUUGGCCAUUAGGCAGUCAGAAAGCUGGACGGUAGGACGUCACGUGUCCCA